CAAGUGCUUAUGACUUAGACAAAAAGGUUGGAGCUGAAAGAAACAUGCUGAUCUUUGACCUAGGAGGUGGCACUUUUGAUAUGUCAAUCCUCACUAUUGAGGAUGGAAUCUUUGAAGUCAAGUUUACAGCUGGAGACACCCACUUAGGUGGAGAAUACUUUGACAACCGAAUGGUCAACCAUUUCAUUGCUGAGUUUAGGCGUAAGCAUAAGAAGAACAUCAGUGAGAACAAGAGAACUGUCCAGCGUCUCUGUACUGCUUGUGAACGUGCUAAGCGCACUCUCUCUUCCAGUACCCAGACCAGUAUUGAGAUCAAUUCUCUCUAUGAAGGAAUCGACUUUUAUACUUCCAUCACCCGUGCCCAAUUUGAAGAAUUGAAUGCUGAC